AUGACGGCCGCCACGAUUCUCUGCUGCAACUGCGGCGCCCCCAUCGACGGAACCACCGCCGCCAACGCCCUCUGCUUCGACUGCAUCAAGUUGACCGUCGACAUCUCCAACGGCGUCCAGCGCGAGGCCACCCUCAACUUUUGCCGAGACUGCGACCGAUGGCUUUUGCCGCCCACCAGCUGGAUCGUCGCCGCCCCCGAAUCCCGCGAGCUUCUCGCGCUCUGCCUGAAGAAGCUCAAGGGCCUGCACAAGGUCCGCAUCAUCGACGCCUCCUUUGUGUGGACCGAGCCGCACUCGAGACGAGUAAAGGUCAAGAUCACCAUCCAGGACGAGGUCCAGAGCGGCGUUCUCCUCCAGCAGUCCUUCGAGGCCGUCUUCAUCGUUGCAUACCAACAAUGUCCCGACUGCGCAAAGUCGUACACGGCCAACGUCUGGCGCGCCUGCGUCCAGGUCAGACAAAAGGUUCUGCACAAGAGGACGUUCCUCUACCUCGAGCAGUUGAUUAUGAAGCACGGAGCGCACAAAGAUACCCUGAACAUCAAGGAGGCCAAGGACGGCAUCGACUUUUUCUUCUCCGCAAGGAAUCAGGCCGAGAAGUUUGUUGAUUUCCUCAACUCUGUCGCCCCUUGCCGCGUCAAGAAGGCGCAGGAGCUUAUUUCCCAGGAUAUCCACACGUCCACAAAGUCAUACAAGUUCACCUUCUCGGCCGAGCUUAUCCCCAUAUGCCGUGACGAUCUUGUUGCUAUGCCCAUCAAGCUGGCCAAGUCCCUGGGCAACAUUUCUCCCCUCGUCAUCUGCCACAAGAUCGGAACCGCAGUAUACCUCCUCGACACAAACACCCUCCAGACAGCAAGCAUCCCCUCAGACAUUUACUGGCGCGCGCCAUUCAACUCGCUCGCCGACGCAAAGUCGCUCGUCGAGUUCAUCGUCAUGGACAUUGAGCCGACAGGCGUCUCGAGGGGCAAGUGGCAGCUUGGCGAGGUACAAGUCAUGCGCGCGGCGGACCUGGGCGUCAACGACAAGACGUACUUCGCGAGGACGCACCUCGGCGGUCUGCUGCACGCGGGCGACUCGGUGAUGGGCUACAUGCUCACGGGCACCAACUUCAACAACCCAGAGUUCGACGCCAUCGAGGAGUCGCACGCGUACGGCUCGACGAUACCCGACGUCGUGCUCGUCAAGAAGCACUACGCGCGCAAGAGGAAGACGCGCACCCGCAACUGGAAGCUCAAGCGCAUGGCCAAGGACGAGGGCGAGCUGCUCCCCAAGAAGGCCGACCAGGAGCGCAUGGACGAGGAGUACGAGCAGUUCCUUCGCGACGUCGAGGAGGACGACGAGUUCCGCUCCACCAUGGCCAUCUACCGCGCCCAGAAGGCCAACAACCAGCCCGCCGACCCCGAUGCGAUGUCCAUCGCCGAGACGGAGGACGACGAGGAGGCGCCGAGGGUCGACAUGGAUGAGCUCCUCGACGACAUGGACGAACUCCAGAUUCAGGAUUAA